CUGCCCAGCAGCCAGGAGGCGUCGCGCUCCGUUGACGUCACAUCUAGGCGUUGGAAGAUGUCUGAGGGUUCCGGUCGCGCGGCGGGAAACGAAAUGCCGGCCAAGAAACAGAAGCUGAGCAGCGACGAGAACAGCAACCCGGAGCUAUCUGGGGACGAGAAUGAUGAUGCUGUGAGCAUAGAGAGUGGAACCAACACUGAACGCCCAGACACCCCCACCAAUACCACAAAUGCCCCUGGCAGAAAAGGCUGGGGCAAGGGGAAAUGGAAAUCUAAGAAAUGCAAAUACUCAUUCAAAUGUGUAAACAGUCUGAAGGAAGAUCACAAUCAGCCACUGUUUGGAGUCCAGUUCAAUUGGCACAGUAAGGAAGGAGAUCCGCUAGUGUUUGCAACAGUCGGCAGUAACAGAGUCACAUUAUACGAAUGCCACUCGCAGGGGGAAAUCAGGUUGCUGCAAUCGUAUGUGGAUGCAGACGCAGAUGAAAACUUCUACACCUGUGCGUGGACUUAUGACAGUAACACAAGUCACCCACUUCUUGCUGUUGCUGGCUCUAGAGGAAUUAUUAGGAUUAUUAAUCCUAUCACAAUGCAAUGUAUUAAACACUAUGUGGGUCAUGGGAAUGCAAUUAAUGAGCUAAAGUUUCACCCAAGGGACCCAAACCUUCUCUUGUCUGUAAGCAAAGAUCAUGCACUGCGACUCUGGAACAUCCAGACAGACACACUCGUUGCUAUAUUCGGUGGUGUGGAAGGUCACAGAGAUGAAGUUUUAAGUGCGGACUAUGAUUUGCUGGGUGAGAAAAUAAUGUCGUGUGGCAUGGAUCAUUCGCUUAAACUAUGGCGAAUUAAUUCCAAAAGAAUGAAGAUGGCCAUCAAAGAUUCAUAUGAAUACAAUCCGAAUAAAACAAACAGGCCCUUCAUUUCACAGAAGAUUCACUUUCCUGACUUUUCUACACGAGAUAUACAUAGGAAUUAUGUUGACUGUGUGAGAUGGUUAGGGGACUUAAUAUUGUCAAAGUCUUGUGAAAAUGCUAUAGUGUGUUGGAAACCAGGCAAAAUGGAAGAUGACAUCGAUAAAAUCAAAUCCAGUGAGUCCAACGUAACCAUUCUGGGGAGGUUUGAUUACAGCCAGUGUGACAUUUGGUACAUGCGGUUUUCAAUGGACUUUUGGCAAAAGAUGCUUGCCUUAGGAAAUCAAGUUGGGAAGCUGUAUGUUUGGGACCUGGAUGUAGAAGACCCACACAAAGCAAAAUGUACAACUCUCACAUACCAGAAAUGUGUAUCUGCAAUCCGUCAAACCAGCUUUAGCAGAGACAGCAGUAUUCUCAUAGCCGUAUGUGAUGAUGCUACCAUUUGGCGUUGGGAUAGACUCCGGUAAACAAUCUUUCCGUCAUGAAAUCUCCCAGAGAACCAUUUCUGUAUGACAUACCCUUCAAAUUUCUGACUUGCGUUUGUAGUAGGCGUACCAGCCUGUAGCUGAGUAUAGUGAGCUUGUAUUUUUUUUCCCCUGUAUUGUGUUCUAUCUACAAUUCAGCUGCUUUUAAUAAAAAUUUAUUUUUGUACAGUUUUCUGUAAUGUCUGUUUUUAUGAAUUUUAAUGUAUUUGGUGUCUAAUGUAUGUGGUUUGUAUGAUUGCUUAAAACCGGCAUGUUGAACGCCGGGAGUGUGAUCUGAAACUGUAAAUAUCUUAUUUGUAGCCUUUUCAAGUAGCUAUUAAUUUAAAUUGAAACUGUACUGUAUAGAAUUUGUACGGUAACAUUCCAGAACAAUCACAGACUACCCAUAACAGGCUGACAUGAAAUUAUACCAGCAGAAUUAUGAGAACCAUUAAAAUACUUGUGAAAACAAA